AUGGUGGCUAGUACCGAUAAGAAAAUGGAGGCAGACGAACUGAUGGAGUUUCUGGACAAUUUGCCAGAGGGCACGUCCAAAAGUGGGGCUGCAAUUGCUGCUGCGGGUGCAAACGGAUCAACCGAUAAGAAUGAGGAUAUUAUGAAGUUUCUAGACGAUCUUGAGAAGGACACUAAGACAGAUUCUAAAAAGGGAAACGAUUCCAAAAAAAUAGAACCUACUACUACUACUACUGAAAAACUUGAGAAGGAACCUGAAGUUAAAGACGACAAAAAAAUUGAAGAAUCAAAGGCAACGGAACAAGAUAAGGAGGCUGUCCCAACCGAUGAAGAUGAACAAUUAGACGAUCCAAUCACAUCCAUAUCUAAUUGGUGGUCAUCGUCUGGCGCUAAUACUGUUUCGAGCUUGUGGAGUAAGACUACUGAACAAGCCACUCAAUUAAAGAACCGUUUGGCACAGGAACAAGCUGCACUGCCUUUACCUAUUCCACCUAUCAAUUCGACCACUAUCAGUGAUUUGGCCAAAUCUUUACAGAAAAUAGUUGUCGGUGAGACAGAAGAAGUUUUGCGUAUUCAUUUAGUUCACGAUCUUGUCAAUUAUUCAUAUUUACAAUAUCAUGUCGAACAAAGAUUUGACCAAGUGUUAAGUGAUCAAGUUCAAGGUGGGAUUCGUAUUUUCGUGGAUGAAUGGGGGAAACCAAAUUCUAGUCAACAACAGCAACCUGUUCCGGACGCUGUUAUAUUAAACAGUGACGAUAUUGGAAACAAUGGAAACGUAAGCAUUGUAAAGAACCCAAUUUCUAUAAAGAGGCAGUUGAAUGCGUUCAGUGGUAAGGUAUCAGAUGGUGAAAAACUUGCUUUUGCAAACUUGGACAAUGCUGUGAAAUUAUUCAAUAAAGCCCAUGAAGAAGUAAUUAGACAACAAAAGGAAAAUGAAAAUGAAACAACAUCUAACGAUAGUGCUAACAUAAGCGAUAUUUUCAUUUCCAUCCUGCCAGUGGUUAUUCCGACUGUUAGUGGUUCUGACGAAAGAAAUACUGCCACAGAUGCUUCUCAACCUGGUAAUUUCAGUUUCACUAUGGUUCUUAAGGACAUUACAAACGAUAUAACAAGUACUACGCGAUCUCAAGGUUUCCCAGCCAAAUGGAUACAUUGGUUGGAAGGUGGGUCUGUACUACGUAAGGAACAUGAAAACCAACAGGAACAUGACUCUGACCAGGGCGAUGGUGAUGAUGAAGAAGAAGAACAAAUUGACCCUAGCGAAUGGGUUCAAGACUGGGUCGAAGACGGGAUCAGCCUGGUGCUGGGUGUCGUUGCUCAAAAUUAUGUAGUUGAACGUAUGGGCUUUAAUUAG